UGCGACACCGAGAGAGAGCAAAGAAGACAGAAAAUUGAAGAAUAAGAAGUGUUUCAUUUAUCUUCUGAUGGUCGUGGGACCAACUUCGAAGAGGAGAAGGCUCACCAACGCUUGUUCCACCGACAUGGAUACUGAAACUGCCAAGGCCAAGCUUGCAGCUGUGAAGGAAAGAUUUGGACGAGAGAUCCACAUUUUUGAAACAUCAACUUUUGCUUCAUCAUCAAAUGCUCCAUUAUCCAAUGGAGAGGAGACCGAUGACUUCUAUGAGUUUACUGCUGAAGAUUAUUACAGACUUUUGGCUUCUAAGAAGGAAGAUAAAUUCUUGAAGACUCGAAAAAUCCGAGAAGCAGAAGAGGCAGCUCGGAGGUCAAGAACAACCAAAGCUAUAAUUAGAGUACGCUUCCCCGAUAAUCACACGUUGGAGGCUACCUUCCACCCAUCUGAAACACUCCAGAGUUUAGUUGAUCUCCUCACGAAAGUGAUUGCACAGCCAGAGCAGCCAUUUUAUAUAUAUACUACUCCGCCUAAGAAGGUGAUAAAUGACUUGUCUCAGGAUUUUUAUGAUGCUGGCUUUUGUCCCGGUGCCAUUGUGUACUUUUCAUACAAUGUCCCAAAAGGUGGUAGCACUGUGGAUGACCAUAGUGGUCCUUACCUUCAAGAAGAGAUCUUGUCUCUGAAGGAUUUGAGUGUUGUUAAUGAUCAAGGCCAGCAAUUUGAGGCUCAACAAUUAGCACCGGAAGCUGCUGUGCCCACACAAAUCGCCCCUCCUAUCGAAGAACGCAAACCUACUGAGAAAAAGCUUGUUAAACCGAAAUGGCUAAAAAUGUGAUUUGAUUGUUGUAGCGAAGGAACUUCAAUUAGCUCUCUCUAUACAUACAGAUUGUUCAUUGAGGUUACCCUUUUGGCUAUUAACGACAUCUUUGAUUCAAUGUAUCAUGCAAAGUCCACAAGAAUACAUAGUUGUUUUUCUCUUCCUCAGCUCUACUUCCUUUAGUUUUCUCCAUGAAUUUGUAGAUAUUAGAUAAUGUUUAAAAACGUUGGAUAAGUUUCUUUUGGUGAUUUCAAGCGUCUGAGAGCAUGCACGCAUUUGUUAUUUCAAUGUUAUAUAUUAUAGCUGUAUAAAUUUUCUUUGGAGAAUGCUAGCA